UAGCAAGCGUCUGGCAAAUGGAGGCUAAGUUGGCAGAAUAUAGGGCAAAAAAGGAAAAACAGCAGAUUUCUCGUUGUUCAAACAUAUAUAACUGGUUAUUUGGCGACAGAAAUAACGCAAAUAAGUCAGAAGAUAAAAGAGAAUCUUUCAGUUCGACCCCUGCCCAGGAGUCACCAUGUAGAAAACGACCUGAACUAGUCUCAGAAGUUACAACAUCAAGCUACCAAGAGCAUAUUGAUGGACUAUCUGAGAAGAACUGGAGAGAUUACAUACCACUGGGGUUAAAAGUCCUCCUUUGGCUUUGCCUGUGGAAGUUUUUUAUUGAAGUGGGCUUCGGAGCAGUAUACUUUGUGGUUUCCUGCUCCUAUCUCAUGUACAAGAACACGCGGACAGAACCUAGACAGAGAGGACAGCUGAGCGCUUACUCUGUGUUUAACCCCAAUCAAGAGAGACUUGAUGGAACUUUCACUGCAGAACAGUUUGAGAAGGAACUACGGCUUGGUGCAGGGUCCGUUAGAUAA